GUUUACACUUCAUGGUUGAGGAAAAGGCACUGUGCAAAUGAUCAUCUAAAUUCUUUAUCAGUAUAAUUGAACUAUGGGUAGACGCCAACGAUGACACCUCAGAUGUGACAUCUAGUGGGCUCCAGAGCACACCACCCUUCCUGAGCCGUAGCCCUGAGAUGCGACGGCGGCUCUGUGCCUUCUAUAAUUUACCACCAGAAUGGGCCAGCCGAGGACUCCAGAACAGCGAUCAAUGUUCAUCUUACCCCCAUCAGUAUGGUCAUCUCUCCUCCUGUUUCCCUUGGCACUUCUGUGCUUCUGUAAUCCUGUUGUGCUUCCUUUAUCCUGUAUCCACUGCUGCUGCUAUCUUUCGAGUAGGGGUAGUCGGGCCAUGGUCCUGUGACCUACUCUUUGCCAAAGCUUAUCCCAGUGCAGCAGCACGACUAGCUGUAAGUCGUAUCAACCAGGACCCAUCCCUCUACCCUGGGGUCACUUUUGAUUAUGUCAUUCUGGAGGAGGAUUGUGAAACAUCGCAGGCUGUCUCCCACUUCUUUAGCUACUAUGCACGGGCAUCUGCCUUUGUUGGACCGGUCAAUCCAGGUUACUGUGAUGCAGCAUCCCUGCUGGGGAAAACCUGGAACAAAGCUAUGUUCUCCUGGUCAUGUAUUGAUCAUGAGCUGGAUGCCAAAUGCAACCACCCCACCUUUGUCCACACUAUGCCCUUACCCACACAUGUGUUGCUGCAUCUCAUGCAGCACUUCCGCUGGGCUCACGUCGGUAUCAUUUCCUCAGGUGAUGACAUCUGGAUAGAGACUGCAAGCAAGGUAGCCAAUGCAUUGCGCAGCCAUGGUAUGCCUGUUGGCAUAGUGACAUCUAUUGGGAAGGAAGUGGCUAGUAUGCGCAAGACUCUAGCCAAAGUCAAGAGAGUAGAAAACCUACGCUUGGUGGUCCUCUGUAUGCACUCAGUUUUAAUAGGGGGUAAAGAUCAGCAGAUGCUUCUUGAAAUGGCCCAUGAUAUGCGGAUGACAGAUGGCUCCAUCAUAUUUGUCCCCUAUGAUACUCUCCUGUACAGCUUGCCCUACCAGAACCUUUCUCAAUACAUCCUUCCCAACAAUAGCAAGCUGCAACAUGCUUAUGAUGCUGUGCUUACCAUCACUGUGGAGUCUCCAGAACAGCACUCAUUUUAUCAAGCUUACAUGGAGGCACAGAUGGGCGGAGAGCUUCCCAAGAACAUUAAACCCCACCAGGUUUCCCCUCUGUUUGGUACUAUCUAUUCCUCUGUCUUAUUCAUGGCCCAUGCCAUGCAGAGUUUGAGAGCAUCAGGACAGUUGAUGUCUGGUAAUAAUCUGGCCCAGCAUGCACAUAACCUGACAUUCAAGGGCUUCAGUCACCCCAUCCACAUGAGCCAUUCAGGCUUUGGUCUACUGGAUUACGUGGUACUGGAUACAGAUGGCUUAUCAUGGGAACUGAGGCCUUGCUACCGCAUAGAGAUGAAGACAAAUAUGGUACACUUCCUUGGUCAGUCUAUUCACUUCCCCCGAUUGGGGCCACCUAAGACUGACUCUAGGUGCUGGUUCACACAAGGAAUCAUCUGUGGUGGAGGUGUGGAUCCUUUCCAUCUGCUUAUUUUCUUCAUCUAUUUUGUUUUACUUAUCUUCUCUAUUGUUGCUUCUGUUUACUUUAUAAGGCGACGAUUCAUUCAGAUUCAAUUAGUCCGGGGCCCAAACAAAAUCCUACUGACCUUGGCUGAUGUCACUUUCAUCAAUCCAUCACUGAGUAACAAGAAGAUGAGUUUGGAGGAAAGCAAGACCAGCGAUACAAGAAAAAGCACCUCAGAGCGCAGCCAUAACUCUCCAUUCUCUAGUCAAUCUCCAGUCACCUAUGAGAAUUCAAAUGUUGCCAUCUAUGAGGGAGAUUGGGCUUGGCUAAAAAGGCUUCCCCAUGGAAACUUUCGGAGUAUCAACCCAAGUACCACUGACGUGUUUGAACUGAUGAAAGACAUGAGGCAUGAGAACGUUAACCCUUUCAUGGGCUUCUUUCAUGACUGUGGGGUUUUUGCCAUAGUGACAGAGUACUGUUCUCGUGGCAGCCUGGAAGAUCUGCUGCAUAAUGACGAUGUCAAACUGGACUGGAUGUUUAAGUCUUCCCUCCUGCUGGACCUCAUUAAGGGAAUGAAAUACCUCCACCACAGGAAUGUAUGUCAUGGAAGGCUGAAGUCCAGGAACUGUGUGGUUGAUGGGCGUUUUGUGCUCAAAGUGACAGACUAUGGCUACAAUGAAGUGUUGGAGUCCCAGAGGUUUCCGUAUGUAGAGCCACAACCUGAGGAGCUGCUGUGGACAGCCCCUGAGAUUUUGAGAAGUUCUUUUGCAGGGUUGAAAGGCAGUCUGGCAGGGGAUAUUUACAGCUUCUCUAUUAUCAUGCAGGAAGUUGUGGUGCGAGGGCCACCAUUCUGCAUGUUUGAGCAAUCUGCUCAGGAAAUUGUUCAGAAAGUGAAGAAGCCUCCACCAUUGUGCAGACCCAUUGUAUCUCCGGACCACGCUCCCCUUGAGUGUAUCCAGCUAAUGAAGCUGUGCUGGAAUGAACAACCUGAGAGGAGACCAACAUUUGAUGAGAUCUUUGAUCAGUUCAAGAACAUAAACAAAGGGAAGAAGACUAACAUCAUAGACUCCAUGCUGAGGAUGCUGGAGCAGUACUCCUCUAACCUGGAGGAACUGAUCAGGGAAAGGACAGAGGAACUGGAAAUUGAGAAACAGAAGACUGAAACGCUGCUCACACAGAUGCUGCCACCGUCAGUGGCUGAGGUUCUGAAGUUGGGGAGCACAGUGAAACCGGAGUACUUUGACAGUGUCACUGUCUACUUCAGUGAUAUUGUUGGCUUCACUACAAUUUCGGCCAACAGCGAGCCAAUAGAGGUGGUGGACCUUCUUAAUGACCUCUACACACUCUUUGAUGCAAUCAUCAGCAACCAUGAUGUGUAUAAGGUUGAGACAAUAGGUGAUGCCUACAUGGUGGCGUCAGGUUUGCCUGUGCCUAAUGGGAACUGCCAUGCAGCUGAGAUUGCAAACAUGGCUCUGGAUAUCCUCAGUGCUGUAGGGACAUUUAAAAUGAGACACAUGCCUGAUGUCCCGGUCCGAAUCCGAAUAGGACUUCACACAGGUCCUUGUGUAGCUGGAGUCGUGGGCUUGACAAUGCCCAGGUACUGUCUGUUCGGAGACACAGUCAACACAGCUUCUAGAAUGGAGUCCACAGGGAUGCCAUAUCGGAUUCAUGUUCACUCCAGCACAGUUACAAUCCUGAAGGCACUGAAUGCAGGAUAUAAAGUACAGUUGAGAGGCAGGAUUGAACUCAAGGGCAAAGGCACGGAAGAGACCUACUGGCUCAUUGGGAGAGACGGUUUCAUCAAACCACUCCCUGUCCCACCUGAAUUAAAGCCGGGGCCUGAUAAUAAGGAUUUUAAGUUGAUGCUUCAGAAGGCAGUGAAGAAGAUCGCUGCCGUGCGUCAGGUGGCCCAGAUUACUCUGGCUGAUGAAGACAACAUCAUGAUACACCAUCAUUAAGAACCGUUCACUUGUGCUCUUUUGACCUGUGCAUUUGAGACAUUGGAACUUCAUGCAGUUAAUCAAUAAAACCAGGAAGUCCUUCUUUUCUAUUUCAGCCUUUUUCUCCCUUGGUCUGAUCAAAGUGGCUUGAGCUCUGGAUAUUUACUCCUGCCUGUAGUUGGGUUGGUGUGUCUCUAAAAGCAGGACUUCUGCUUUAUUAUUCACGGCUCCUGUUCAAGUUUGAGACGGUAUGUCAUCAUGUGCAUUUCAGCGACCUGAAAUUCCCAUAACUUCUCUUUUUUGGGACUGAAUGAACUUUAAAUGAAUUAAACUGCGACAAGUAAGACACAGCUACCAGGGAAUCAGGUGGUGAGUGGAAUAUUCCAGCACUGUCUUUCCAUCUUGAACUCUAUCCUGAGAGAUUACAGGCCUGUUCUGAAUAUGAAGCAUCUUUGUGACACAAGCCAAAGUCACAUGAGCAGCUAAAAUUAUCCACUGGGAAUCCAUUGCUCAGCAAGACGAGGAUUGGAUCAGCAGCAGAGAGAUAGACAGAGACAUCGACAGAGAGACAGAGAAGUGAGGGUAAGAGAUUGGAUGAGGGGAUAAAAGAACUAUGUGCUUUCCGUUUGCAUACAAAUUUCAAACUCUGGUUCCUAUCAUCUAUAGGAAAGAAAUAUCCUUCUCGCCUGAGGAGAAAAUUUCCAAACCUGGUCCUCUUUGUCCUUGCCAGGAAACAAGGAGCAGAAACUUGGUGCAGAAAAAAGAAACUAUAUUUACAAAAGUGUUCAUGGAAUAAUUAGAGCUGAAUGAAACUACAUAUAGUGUCCAUAUCUACUAGAAUAAACAACUGACAUGGUGGUACAAUAGAGCUUAGAACUGUUGCUGAAAUUCUGUUCAGACAGACAUAUCUUAAUACAGGGUAUGUUUAGCAUGGACUCCCAUGGAUGUCAUUAAUGCACAAACCUUUAAGCAAUAUAUUGAAUUUAACUGUACAGUGUCAGUGAUGUAAACAUGUCAAAUGUACAGUAUCUGUUGGUAUUUUUUUUUAGCUCUGAUAUAACUAAAAAAAAUUACACAAUCACAAGUAUGAUCGCUGAAGACAAGACAAAAUCU